GGCGUCCCGUAGUACGAGCUGCCGCCGCACGUGUAAAUUAAGUCCCACAUUAAAUUUAAUUAAACGCACAAAACGGAAAUCAAUCAUAUCUCGUAGUUUUUACGGAAAUUUAAACAUGUGUUUCAUUCAAGAGGUCGCACGUUCCUGCGGAUUCGCCCCCGAAAUGAAGAAAUAAAAAGCGAACGUGGAAACUUGGAAUUGUGAUACAUUUACUGUGAAUUGUGGCAGAUGUAAUGGUGCUCUUUUUAUGCGGUGUUCAAACGGAGGUGUGAUUUGGUUAAGGGUGUUCAAGGAUGUCUGACGAGGUCGAGCCCGAAAAACGCGCCGUAAAAUAGAACGUUUGCGAUCAAGAUGAGUCGGGACGAGGUUCACGUCCGCGACCGACUCCUCUUCCUGGCGGAAUGCUCCAAUCCCCACAAGCCGUUCAACGUCAAGCGGAAAUCGACCCUCACCAAGCAGGGCUCGAAGAGCGGGCCGAAGCUGAGCGUCCAGGAUUUCGUCAGGAUGGAUCCUGGUUACACGCCCGACAUCGAGCAUCUGGUCUUUCCCUCGAGGAAGAGGAACCCUCAACAGGUGGCGCCCAUCAACCCCACGCCGGGGAAGACCAGGUCGCGGUUGGCGGAGAUGUUCGCGCUGAGCAGGCACCUGCAGCAGAGGUCGGCGGACAGGGACUCGAAGAGGAGUUCGGUUAUCAAUAGAAGCGUGGACAGCGUGUUCGAAGGUCGCGGCCUCAGCAUCAGUGGCAGCGCAGCAGCAGGAGCUCGAAACCCAGAAACCGUAAGAAGGUGGGUGUCCGCAGCCGAAGAACCGGUCCGUCAGAACACCAACACCACCAGGAUCAGUCCCGCCGCGGAGUCCGACAUGGCCGCAGCCAGAGGCCCCAACGUCUCCGUGCUGCAUCUGCGUAGCACCGCGGAGCCUUGGGAACCGCGAACCUCCUCGGUAUACACGACCGCAAGCAGAACGUAUCCGACGAAAACGGUCCCGACUCUGACCAAACAUCAGUCGCUGAGCGGCCCCUACAAGUGGGCCAAUUCGUCCAACUUCCACUCGGUCAGCGAAGUGAACAACUCCUCCGAGCUGUUCGUCGGGGGCACCGUCAACCGCGAACUGUCGCCGGUGCGCUGGUGCGACCGCGAGGUGGACGGCGUCUACCUGGGGCGCUCCGGCUGGGUCCAGGUGCAGCAGCGGUCCCUCGACGAGAACCGCCGCACCACCUACACCCCCCUGCAGCAGUCGCGGCGGACGGGCAUCAAGCUCGCGGACUACCACUUCAACAGCGAGCCGGGCAAGGCACCCGAGGGCCUGUCGCUGCCCGAGCCGAAGGCGAGCGACACCACGGCGCGCCCGAUCCACCUGACGCUGCAAGCGCGCGAAGUCGAGAGGAGGAAGACGCCGUCGCCGCAGCCGGAGACGUUCUCGCCGCCGCCGGUCACGCCGAUCAUCUCGCCGCCGCCGGCGUUUCAAGACAAGGACAAGAACAAGAAGCCGUCGCUGGUGAAGACGAGGACGUUCUUCGGGAAGACGCCGUUCCUGCCGAGGUCGAACGCGAUCGACAGCGACGAGAUCACUCCGCCGGCGUCGCCGAAGACGGCCAAGUGGAAGUCGAUGUCGAUGCCGACGCAGAUGCGCAAGAUCAGCCAGCCGCCUCAGGUGGUACCGCAAGUGGUGCCGGAGCUGAAGGGGUUCGGACGGAUCCCGCAGACGAAGUCUUUGGAGGAUACGACGGCCACGAGGCGGUCGCUGUUCGUACAAAGACACGGGGAAUCGUCGUCGUCGUCAUCGUCCUCGAUGGGGUUCAGGAGCUUGGAUAGUUGCGUGAAUAGGCCGGCGAUGCCGCGGCUGUCGGAAAACACGGACUCUUCCAUUGACGUUUACGAGGAUGCCGACGAAGAAGAUAACAAUAGUUCUUCCAUAAAUAUAAGCAUGGUGAAUAUGAACAUGUUCGGCGAUUUUAAUAAGCCGAAAGAGAAAAUUUCGCCGUCGAAUCGUCCCAAUCGCUUGCAGUACUAUAGGGGUCAGCUGAGAAAAGCGCCGACCGUUUCGGAAGGUAGCAAGGUUGCCACCGUCCCUUGCGUAUCUCCGGGGUCGUCGUCAAGUAGCAGCAACGAAUUUCCGUCGCGGUCUCCGAUGGGUUCGACGCAACAGAUCCGAAGAAUCACACCCAGCCGCCUUUACCAACCCAUAAAGAUCGUGCCGCCGCCGCCACCUCCAGACGAUCCCUUGCAACGAGUGCGAAGAUCCCGAAGCUUGCAAUUACCGGAUAAGAAAACUCCGCAGAAUUACCCGCUCCGGGUGUCCCCACAGCACCCAGACCUCCACCGACCCGUAAUCAAAAUGGGUACCCAGUUAGACCGCACCAAGCGAUUCACCAAGAUCGAAAGCAGCACCUUCACCGAAGAAGACCUCCUCCGGGAAGCCGAAGUCGUCACGAACUACCUCUACGGCACCAGGACCCGCGCUGCCGCUCAAGCCCUACUAAUGCACCGCUACAGCAGCAUGGGCAAAGAAGAAAAACCAAAAGAAGCACCCAAACCCCACAACAACGGCCUCACCGUCUACUUCGUGCCUAACCCAAAAAAAGAAAGACCCAAAGUCCUCCAUCGCGGUUCGACCACACCCAACCUGCCCAUCAGCAAACACGUUUUCGGCCCUCAAGUCGAACCCACUCCUCCUAAAAACCCAUGCACCUCGGACACUUGCGAUUUCUGGCCCCAUUGCGCUCAUCGCGAGUCUCUCAAUCGAGAGUUCAUCAUGCGUUCGUCCCAGAGCUAUCCGACGCACCAGCGCUCUCUGGACUCGACCAACAAGAGACGGGUCAGUCCGAGCAAGCCUUCGGCGAUGCUCCCGCAGAAAGAAUUCGAGAAGAAGACCUCGCCGGUCACGGUGCCGUUCGGUACGGUGAGCAGUUCGUCGAGUAGUAGUGACGUGUGGUUGACGACCUCGGAUCGAACCGUCGGGAAAAACGCCAAAGGGUCGGGCGCUUCGACGCCUUUGGAGGACUUGCCACCGUUGUCUGAUAAAGGGCGCGAGAUGAUACUGACGAGACCGGGCAGUGCACCGACGGAGGAACGCAGUGCCGGAUUCUUGGAGUCGCAGCAGAGGUCGAUGUCUCUGCCGAAAUCGUUCCUCUCAGGCAGUCAUCAACAAGGUGCCCUACCGGUGGUCGGUGAAGUUAGCGAAGAAGAGUUGUCUCCACACUUGGGUGGCCAGUUCCCGUGGAGGCGGCGGGGCACCGAAAGUUUGGGCUCGUCACCUGGGCUUCCUCGGAAGGUCUUCUCUCAACCAUCCGAAACGUCCCACACCGCCCCCGUUACGCCUCUACAUGAAGGAGGGCGCAGGAGAUCCCCCCUGGGCGGCCCAGUCCGUCGUCCGAAAGCGUCAUCAACUCCACAACUACUAGAAGCUCCCGCCUCGGAGAACAGGAAGUGGACCGAAAAGACGGAACAGGAGAAAGAGACCCCACCUAAUCCACCCAACCAGGAACCUCCACCCCGCAGGAAUUUACGUGCUACCACGUCCACCGAAAGCGUCCUGCAAAAGUUCAGGAAGACGUUCUCACUCCGCUUCCACCAAAAAAAGAUCACCAGCAGGGACAGUUGUACCUCCGAUCUCGGAGAGGCUCUUUCGGAAAUCCUGGGAGACCGCUCCGAAGAGGAGUCGCCCCGUCAUGCAGCGUCGGCCUCGACCGCGACGACCGCAGCUGAAACGAAAGAAGAACAACCCGAGCAAAAGAGCAGCCGCUUCGGCCCUCUGAUCUGGCGCUCGAGUAAAGAACGCAAAAAGCUGAACAAAGCUGCGAGGAAUGCGAAAUGCAACAGCGGCGACAGCGGAAUCCAGAUCGAGAUGAUGCCCGGCUGUGGGGGCGCUGGCGAUAGUUCCGAAUCACACGACACUGACCCACCUGGUGACGAUACGGAUAGUCCUCCGUCCAUUAGGCGAAGGACUCCGCAUGGAAAAGGUUCCAGACCCCACUCCGAUCUGCUCAAUCAAAUACUCAUCGAUAAAUUUAAGUCUGAUUUAAAACAACGUACCCAUCGCCAUAAUCAAGUCCGAAGAACCCGAUCCGACCUCGGAGGUCAGCGACUCCUCCACUGGGACGCCCGAUCUUCCUACAAGCGUCUAAUGUCGACACCGAGUCCGCUGCGGGGGCGCCCCCAAAGCCCCCGCAGAAAACCUCCGGAUGUUCCCGGCGGCGUCCAACUAAGGGUGACCCACCGCCGAGGUCAACUGCGAAGGUCGCUCAGCCAGCCGUUGGAUAUAGACAAGUUGUCGCCGCUGAUGAGGACCAAAACCGCAGGUUUACGGCUAGGCGGCUCUCACGUCCUCAGCGAGGACGAGCACGACGGCCGCAUCGGCACUUCCGACGACGAGAUGAUGUCGGAUUCGGAAUCGUCGAUCGCCUCGUUGACGGAACGAAAGAAGUCGCUCGAAUUGGCAAUGGAGGAGGAGAUGGUGAUUUUGGCGGAGGCCGUCUUCGAUCACGUCGCCUUCGAGGCGGAGGAACUGGCGUUUCGCGCCGGGGACCUCAUCGAGGUGCUGGAGACGGCCAAUAGAGAGUGGUGGUGGGGCUCGACGGGGGGCAAAUCGGGUUGGUUCCCGGCUCAGUUCGUCCGGCUGAGGGUAAGUCAAGAGGAUACGGUGGAGGACUGUCUGGCUGCCAUGGCGUCGGGGAAAACCGUACCGUCGCAAAUACGGAGGCGGACGAGCAUUUCGCUGCUGUCGAACGACCAGGUCAGGACGAGCGUCGUCAGGGAGCUGGUCAAGACGGAGAGGGAUUUCGUGAAGGUCCUGCAGGACGUAGCCGAGGGUUACAUAGCCGAGUGCCACAAGCGCCAGGACAUGUUCACCGCCGACCAGAUCGCCACCAUCUUCAUCAAUCUAGAGGACAUCCUGAGGUUCCAGUCGAGUUUCGUCCGCGACCUGGAGGCGCAGAUCGACUUCGACGCCCCCUACAAGAGUUGCGUCGGCAGUUGUUUCCUCAAGCACCGGGCCGGGUUCAAGAUGUACUCCGAGUACUGCAAUAGCCAUCCGUCGGCGACGGCCGCCUUGCAAGAACUCUACCAGUUCAACAACUACAGCAAGUUCUUCGAGGCUUGCCGUUUGAUGAGGGGACUGAUCGAGAUUCCGCUGGAUGGGUAUUUGCUGACGCCGGUACAGAGGAUCUGCAAGUACCCUCUGCAGCUGGCCGAGUUGCUCAAGUACACGAAACCCGACCAUAAAGACUAUAACGAUAUCAAGGAGGCUUUGGAAGUGAUGCGGGGCGUGGCCGUUUUGAUUAACGAGAGGAAGAGGAGGAUGGAGAGUUUGGAGAAACUGGUUGCGUGGCAACAAAGGGUGGAGGGGUGGGAGAAAUGCAGCUUCGUCGGCAAAAUGAAGGCGAUCAAUAAUAAUGAUGAAAAGUUUGGUACAUCAUUAAUGACAAACAAGGGCGAGGACCUGAUCGAUAUAAGCAGCCAACUAAUUCACCAAGGCGAAGUCGUGAAGGUCACCACCGGCAUGUGGACCAACAACAUCACUCUGUUCCUUUUUGACCACCAAAUUGUCUACUGCAAAAAGGACAUAUUAAAAAGGAGCGUGUACGUGUACAAGGGUCGCAUAUGCUUGGACACAAGCGAAGUCAUCGACGUACCUGACGGAAAAGACAACCAUUUAGGUGUUAGCGUGAGACAUGCCAUCAAAGUGUACAGCUGUAUCCGCGAUAAAUGGUUGCUGUUCUGCUGCCGCUCUUCGUCCGACAAACAGCGAUGGUUGCAAGCCUUCUCCGAGGAGCGCAAACUGGUGGCUCAGGAUAAAGACGACGGUUUGGAGUUUCCACCUUCGGCCAAGCAACUGGCGAAAGUGGCAGCCCGCUCCCAGCGGCGGCCGCCCCGGAAGCCCAGAGCCGGUAAAAACUACAAGCACAGUCCCGCCUACAUGGGAUUUGCCCUCCAGCUGAACACGAACUCGAACUCGCUAGGUCGCAAAGUGGGAACGUGGUUCACUUUCGGCGGUCACAAAAAGUCCAGGCACCGCGACGUUUCCUGAGACAAGACCACGUUACUGUAACCACAGACACAUCGUUGAAAUUUCGUUUUGCCAAAAAGAGAUCUCCAGUGCCAAAAAAAUUUAGUGUUCCGUGAAUUUCGACGAUGUGUGGUGGUGGACAGUAAGUCGGAGUUUUAUCUGUGUACAUAGUACUGUAAUAAACCCCCUAGUGAUACAAGGCUACUGCCGAACGUGCUGUGCUAAAUGACGUGAACUUAAGUAAGGCCUAACUGUACAUAUAACCGAGGUCUCGUUUUCCUAUUUGCUGUUUUAUUCGUUGACUAUCGAUAUUGACGACUGAUGCAAUUUCGACUACCGGAAACUACGCACAAUGCAAACUUCGAUAUAUCGCACAGGGUAUUAGACAAAUUUUAAAAAGAAAAAUGCAAAAAACAGACGAAGGCGAAUAUAUUCACAAUCACAUUGUCUAUGGACCAAUCACUGUUGUUCAAACGUGACGUGUUGUAUGUAUUCUGUUUCCACUUUAUUUUUGUUCGUUUGUAGCGUUUUCUAAUAAAUUAUUCGAUUUUUCGUUUUUGUUUGUGAUGAUUUUGCGUUACGCCCUUCUGAUCCUCCUUGUAAAUAGGCCCGCCCCGUUUGCAUGCUUUAACGAAUUGGUCGAUCACAAGACAAUGUACUGACGAUGAUGAUGAUGACACAACCACCGGAAUUAUUCUUCUAUGGUGGUAUUUUUGUACAGCUUCCAAUAUGGCCGCCACUCGGCCAUCCUUUAUUAACCUGUGAAUUGUUGUUGCUGAAUUUAUAACUUUUCACUUUAAUACCUUCUUCUACGACCAGAAAUUUUUAUAUCUUGACUAUUAAACGCAUCUUGAUCAAGUAUUUGCAGAGAUUAUUGUUUCGCGCCCACAGAACGAUUAUUUUUGUAGAUAGACGAUAGAUUCGACAAUUCAAUUGGAUAAUGUAGUCGGUGAAACACGUGGGAACAAGGUUGCGCUCUUCUAAACGAUAAGAAAAACGUCUAUGUAUGGCCACCUACAUUAUCCUUUCGAUUCGUGUUACGUAGACUGUGAAAUAGUCGUAGAUAAAUGUAUAGUGUUGACAGUUUUUAUUUUGUUUCGACUAGUUACACAUAUUUUUAUAAAACGCUUCCCACUUACGCAGUUGAGUUGAUGUAUGCACACCUGUGCAAUUGUUACGAAUUUGUUAGUUAGAACUUACACGUUAUUGUUAAACAUAUGUUUUUCAUAUGUAUGUUUGAAUUUGAUGUAAUAAUAAAAAAUUUUAUAUCGGUA